AGGCGUCUUUUGUGUGCAUGGCCUGUUCGUGAAUACAACAGCGCUCUUCAGCGCUCAAUCGCUCCCCUGAUCUCGCUUGCAUCAUCACCAUGAGCAAUGCCCUCCCAAUGGCGCUGCGUCCCGCGACGCGCAUCACCCACCAGUGGAGUACGGUGACGCUUGCAUUUGCGCGACGCUACUGUUCUCAACACGCAUGCUUGGCUUCAAGCUCUCCAUCUCCGAUACUUUCCAUACUCCAACCGCAUGGCUGCCCUUCGUUGCCCCGGCCCUUCUCCACGUCAACUCAAUACGCCGCGAAAGUCCACAAGCCCCCGGCCGAGCCAUCCCCCCCUCCGCAAUCCCUCCCACAGAGGAAACGCACAGUACGGAUAGGGCCUCUGCCCAAAGGUCCAGUAGACGAUGCAACCGUAAGAGCAAUAUUUGGGCCUAGAGUCGCCCCCGCCGAUGGCAACAAUGUCCUACGCAUCUUACACCACCGUCGGACAUCCGGCUCCCUCGCCGACUAUGGGGUCGACAACUUAGGGAAGCAAUACUCCCAUGUCAACCGCGAGCUCGCGACAAAGGGCUUGGACUGGCUGCGCGAAAAGUUCCCCAUAGACGAAGCACGCGCCGCGGAGGAAUGGGCCGAGAAGGAAGCGAACCGGAUAGCAUACGAGCUCUGGCUAGCGGACCCCGAGAACGAGUCGAAAUACAAGGACCCCGCAAGGGCAUUCCGAGAGCAGCAGAAGAAGGAGAAAGAGGAAAGGGAAUUGGCGCAGCAGCAGCAGGAGGGAGAGAGGAUUGGUAUGCUGCACGUUGGACCUUCGCAGUUUGAGCGCAACAUCGAGGAGAAACGGAGGAAGAGGUUAGAAGAGAUAACGAAGAAGGCCGAGGAGAAAGAGAAGAGAGAAAAGGAGGAUGAGGCAAAGCUGGCGACAGGGGAAUGGGUGCGCACCCCGACCGGGACACAGCUAAUGAAGCCGGGGCAAACUACAUAUAUCGAUAUUUUCGGACGGGAGCAGGUCACUCGGAGGAAAGAGGAGAUGGAGUACUAUCAGAAGAAAGCGGAAACGCCUUUCAAAGACGAGGCGGAGAUGCUCUCUGAGACUACACUGACCCAACGCCUCUAUCCCAUGUCCGCCUUCGUCCUGGUCGUUUGCCUCCUCUCGUUUGCCUUCGCUCACUACUACGUGCCCCCAUCCCCUGAAUAUCGCCUCUGGCCUGACCUCUCCCCAACCACGGCAACCAUCGUCGCCCUCGUCGCCGCUAAUGCCUUCAUCUGCAUUGCCUGGCGAUGGACACCCCUCUGGCCUUUCAUGACGCGUUACUUUAUGCACGUGCCCGGCUACCCUCGCGCCAUACAAGCUGUUACGAACGUAUUCUCGCACGUACAAUACGAGCAUCUGCUCGGCAACAUGAUGAUGUUAGCGCUCGUCGGCCCCGUAUGCCACGACCUCGUAGACCGCGGCAUAUUCUGCGGCACAUACGUCUCUGCAGGUGCUAUCGGAACGCUAUUCUCACUGUAUUGGGCGAACUUAGGUCGCGGAAGCAUCACCUCGCACUCCGUCGGCGCGUCUGCAGCCAUCUGGGGGAUAUCCGCACUGUACUGCCUCCUCACCGAACAAGACCACAUCAAGAUUCCGUUGUUGAAGGAUAAGGAAGUUGGUUUCUACCCCAAAUUCCUCUUCGCCGCCUUUGUGGUAGCGGAGAUAAUGUCUGCGAUGAGGAAGGGAGCGAGGGGAAACAUGGAUCAUGCGAGUCAUUUUGGAGGUAUGCUUGUCGGGAUGAGCGUUGCGGGUUAUUUGAGGGCGACGGGAUGGCAUCAGAGGAGGGCUACGGCUGGGGCGGAAGGUGUGCAGGAGAGGGCCAAGGUGGAUGAGAAGACUCUGGAUGUUGGUGCUAUUGUGAAAGAGGAGAUGAAAGAGGUUAAAGAGGGGGUCAAGAAGGUUGUUAGGUAAGUGAAUGGGCAACAGCUGUAAUAUAUAACGGUGUAAAUUUAACUGAUGCUGAACAUGGUUCCUGUAUAGGUGUAGGACAAUAUACCUCGCGUCGUUUACCGCCAAUGUCAAUCCGAGUCUGUGGUGAACAAUCCAAUACCUCCACCAACACGAAUACUAGCACCCACACCUCGCACAACCCACGCCACAAGCAUGCCCACCCAUCCCGCAAUCCACAACCGUUGCACCUAUACCAGUCUCCGCGACCUCUGCUUCUUCGCCGUCUAGCACUACUCCAC